AUGUCUCCAACCUACCACAGCGGUUCCUCGUUCUUUAACAGACCCCCGACAGAUGCUAUGGGACGACCUUUGACUAGUUCCAACUUCCGACCUCCAUCUGCUUCUUGGUCCGUCCAUUCCAGUGAAGGACCAGCAGAAGAUACUCACGCAAUCACCGCGAUUGAGGAGACUAGUAACUAUGGCAAACGCAAGGCUGUGAGCCCCAUCCAGGAAGGAAGUGGAAUUUCCCAGAGACCUGUGCCGAAGAUGCGAUCGUCCCUUGCCUUUGACAGACACCCCGUCCUGUCGACUAAACCGGUUGAACCAAUACAUCGCCUCAUCCGCACUGACCCCGCGCCCAGUGAGAAUCAAAUCCAGCACCCGCCCCAACCCCACAAUCACCUGCAGACGCAACAGCCCCAACAUGUCACAGAUAUCACCCAGUUGACGGUCAACGAUAUGAGCGACAAGGCCAAGAAUCAUAGCCGCGAAGGGGUCCCGGUGGGGACCUUCAAAGGUGAUCACCCGGACCCCUUACUCUGUCGGCUGGUCUACCUGACCCUCGACCGGUUUGGCACAGUCAGGCUACACCUAACAAACCUCGGCAUCGACGGGGGAACCUACGGCCGACAGACUUUAUCAUCACGUUCUAUAGGGCCAAUCGGGUUGUUUUUGAUACGAGUAUCUGACUCUGAGCAGGGUUUGCAAUACGCCUCAAAGCUUAGCAGGCCUACGUGA